UGUGAGAUCUGACCUGAGCUGAAGUCGGAGGCUCAACCGACUGAGCCACCCAGACGCCCCUCAGUAAUCUGCCUUUAAAGAUGGAGGAAGCACUGAGCCUUACCUGCUGCCAUUGACCAUUUAGUAAUAUAUCGACUACCUGCUCUGUGCAUUCUUGCUGUCUCUUUGGCAUUCGCAGCUCCUGCUUUGCUUCUUUGAAAGCAGAUCUAGGGCUGGUUGACUUCAGUUCAUCCUGCCUUUGUCAGUCACAGGUAUUUUCUUGGUUGUUUUCUCAAUUCCCAUCUUGUAUUGACUUUCUCCGGGGUCAUCUUCCCGCUUGCUUGCCAUCUUUAACCCUCACGACAGCCCUUCCAGAUGGGUAUUAUUGUUCCCAUUCUAUAAACAAGGGGCCUCGGGACAGUGGUUUAGUACAGAUUCUCUUCCAAAGUCACAUCCUGUAACUGCCCCCCCCAAAACAAACAAACAAAAAUUACAGCCCAGGCUUAUGAAUCCAUUGGUUUAAUUACUAACUUCAUAAUCAAACUCCAGAUAGUUCUAGAUCCGACAGUUUGGCAGUGGGUUCUGGCUUUCUGCUUCUGCUUAGUGAUGUCCAAGACGGAGAAUGCCUUUGUAAAAAAGGGUCAGGUAGGGGAAGGAGAGGUGUGCUUGUGGAAGAAAUGGGCGUUUCAGAAUCUUCAUAGGCUCAUUUCAUCACUCACUCAGGGUACGGUUCCACUCAUGGAAUCUCCCUGCACUGUAUCUCCAGUGUGAGGAACAGACUGUGCCAUGCAUUUGGGGGAGGAUAUAAGAAAGAAGUUGUGGACCUUGUCCCUUCAGAGAUUUCUGCCAAGCAGGGAGAAAAAAAAUUCUUGCACAUGAAAUUACUCACGAACAUUUGGGGAAUAAUAUCAACCAGAAAAAAAAAUGCAUUCUGUGCCAAUUGAGGACUGACAACUUGUCACCAUAUGUAACAUCUUCUGGAUGUUUCCGUAUGCUCAUUUGUUCCACAGGGUUGGGGCUGUUUUCCCCCUUCAGUCAAAAGAAUGUUCUCCAAAGCACAGUGUCUUGGGAAGGAAGGAGAUGAAAAAAAAGAGAUAAAAAAGGAAAGCUGCUAUGAAAUGAAAGAGAUUUUAUUUCAUGAAAAUCCAAUGACCUCCCAAAGAGCAGGGCAUGAUAGCUUGCUGAAUUCAAAGCCAUGGAUAAGAUCAAGACUUCUCAGUCUAUUAUGAGUUUUAUGGCCCUCUUUCAUUGGUCUAAAUGAACCAAUCCCCAUGCCUUAAAAAUAAUUUAAAAAGGGGGGAAAUGUUUGAAUUCUUUCACUUUGAGGGUUUUUUUUAAUAUGCAAAAUCAAGUAAAAGCAGAAUAGUCUUCCUUUUAUGAAGUUGGUCAGAUUAUAGCCCAGGGGACUGUAAAAUUCAGAGUGAGUCUGGGAGCCAGCAACCCUGAAAAUCCCAGGGUACCUGGGGAGUCUCAGAUCCUAGGCGACAACAAACUGGCAGACUCUCAUUAGCCAGGAGACGGCCUUGUCUAAAUUCCUAACUUUUGUGGCUUUGCUUAACACCUUGGAGUUUCUCUUCUCAUGCUCUGAUGUUUAUAUCGCACUCUCAACUUAUUUUGAAAACAUUUGCAUGGUGAUUAGUUAACCCAACAGACCAAUCCUGGGAAGGCAGCCAGAGCCCGCAGCACCUAGUAAUAGAAAAGCUGAGAAUUAGAAGACCCUCGAGACCAGGAGCCUGGGCUGAAAUGGUGCUGCUUUGCCUUGAUGAGUGGCUGCAGUUCAAAUGGAGUAGUGGCUGCGCUGUCUGAAUCUACCUUGAGUCCAUGUCGUUCUGCUGAAACUCGGGGUGGUCGUGGCUCUGUCUUAGCUCGCGAUGUUUUGGACGGCAGCCUACAGCAGCCCUGCUGUGAUAUGGAAGCCUUUCUCAUUUUCAGUUCUGGCCAUGUUCAACACCUGACCUUGCCUGUUGCCCAUGUUUCUCAUCUGGUAUAUGCACCUCGCCUGCAAAUUAGAGAGUUUUCUUACUCAGGGCGUUUGCUAGUUAAAAACGCUGCUUUGAAAACUAGAAUGAUGUUUGCUAGGGGCUGGGGCAGGGGGGCAGUGGGAAGUUGUUCUGCAGAGGGCACAAAGUCACACAAGGUGAAAAAAUUCCAGACAUCUGCUGUACAACAGUGCACGUAUAGUGAAGAAGAUGGUUCUACACACUUAAAAUUUUGUUAAUAAGUUUUUGUUAGGCCAGAUUUCAUGUUACGUAUUUUUUAUCACAGUAAAGCACGUAUGGGUAAGAUAAAUAUAUUUUUUGAAAGUGCUGCUUUUUCUAGUCAAGGGGCGGGUGCCGAGAGCCUGGGAUAGAUGGCUGAGCUCAUCUCUCAGGGGUAUAGGUUGUGUUUGGCUUCUAUUGCAUCAUGGUGAAGGUAGCUUCAGAUGCGUGCGCAUUUCAGGCUCUCAUCGGAAGACCCACUAAAAAUGAAUCCGUGUGCAACCAAAGAAACCAACCCCCAGAUUUCACUCUUAAAAUAUGAGGUACCUAGAAUUUUAUGAUGUCUAUUUUUAGCAGAAGUGAUUCUGAGUUAAUCAUCAUGAGCCCAUGUUUUUAUUGAUCCCAUGGAAGGUGGAGAAAUGGAAAGGCCAGGGUUGGGGGAUUGAAAAGAUGGAAGACAGACUAACCAAGCGUACAGACAUGAGGCAGUGUGCGUAGUGGAAGUUGCCUGAGACUCGCUAUGAUUCAUAUGAUCUGUGGCUCCUCUGAAGCUGGCAGCCUGAAAGGUGGGAAGAGUGUUUUCCCCUUUCUCUAGGCAAUCAGGCGUUACCUAAAACCCCCAGGGGCUGAAGCGUGCUGCAGGGAAUACCCUUCCUGUCGCACCUCCUGUAAUUGCACCAGUGAAGUUAAUUGCGCUGCUUUUGGGGGAACUUGUAUAAAAGGCAUUGUGUUUCACGUAAACAGGGAGGUGAUUUUGUACUCUAUAGGACUUGUUCAUCCAGUGCCUCUUGCUGCAAGCCUCGGGGCUGAGACGGGAUGGGAGGCAUCCAGGCUGACCCAAGCGGAACUAGAUAGCCCAGCCACAGAUUGCAACAUCCGGGCAGGUGGUCUGGAGCUCGCCUACUUGGGCCCCGCAGAGUCUUUUGGUUCUAACGGUCGGUUUGAAAGGACUGAGUGUCAGAAGUGGCCUUUCACCGUCUGUACGUCCAGGGCUAUAGAGCUCAUAGAGAAGUGCUCUCAGUCUUGAGUUUGAGACUGGCCGCCUGCCCGAGGACCAGGCAGGAGAGAAGACUCCCUCAUUCUGGUGAGCGCCGUGGGCUAUGGGAUGGAUGAGGUGGAGCAGGACCAGCAUGAGGCCCGACUCAAGGAGCUGUUUGACAGUUUUGACACGACUGGCACCGGGUCCCUGGGACAGGAGGAACUCACCGACCUUUGCCACGUGUUGGGAUUGGAGGAGGUGGCCCCGGUGCUCCAGAAGACGCUGCUUCAGGACAACCUCCUGGGCAGGGUGCAUUUUGACCAAUUUAAAGAAGCAUUAAUACUUAUCUUGUCUAGAACUCUGUCAAAUGAAGAACAUUUUCAAGAACCAGAAUGUUCACUGGAAGCUCAGCCCAAAUAUGUGAAAGGUGGGAAACGUUACGGACGAAGGUCCUUACCUGAGUUUCAAGAGUCCGUGGAAGAGUUUGCAGAGAUUGAGCCACUAGAUGAAGAAGCACGACCUUCACACACCCCGGCCAGUGACCACCAUGAGCACUGGAAGACACAGCGCAGUGAGGAGUAUGAAGCAGAAGGCCAGUUAAGAUUUUGGAACCCAGAUGACUUGAAUGCCUCACAAACUGGGUCUUCUGCUCCCCAAGACUGGAUAGAAGAGAAACUGCAGGAGGUGUGUGAAGAUCUGGGGAUCACCCGCGAUGGUCACCUGAACCGAAAGAAGCUGGUCUCCCUCUGUGAGCAGUACGGCCUGCAGAAUAUCGAUGGAGAGGUGCUGGAGGAGGUCUUCCAUAAUCUUGAUCCUGAUGGUACAAUGAGUGUAGAAGAGUUUUUCUAUGGCUUAUUCAAAAAUGGAAAAUCCCUCACACCAUCAGCAUCUACUCCAUAUAGACAGUUGAAAAGGCACCUCUCCAUGCAGUCCUUCGAUGAGAGUGGACGACGCACCACAGCCCCAUCAGCGAUGACAAGUACCAUUGGCUUUCGGGUCUUCUCCUGCCUGGACGAGGGGAUGGGCUAUGCAUCAGUGGAGAAAAUACUCGACGCCUGGCAGGAAGAGGGCAUUGAGAACAGCCAGGAGAUCCUGAAGGCCUUGGAUUUCAGCCUUGAUGGAAAUGUCAACCUGACAGAAUUGACACUGGCUCUUGAAAAUGAACUUCUGGGCACCAAGAAUGGCAUUCACCACGCGGCUCUGGCCAGUUUUAAGGCUGAGAUCCAGCAUUUGCUGGAGCGAGUCGAUCAAGUGGUCAGAGAGAAAGAGAAGCUACGGUCCGAUCUGGACAAGGCUGAGAAGCUCAAGUCUCUGAUGGCUUCAGAGGUGGAUGAUCACCACGCGGCCAUCGAGCGGCGCAACGAACACAACCUCAGGAAACUGGAUGAAGAGUACAAGGAGCGAAUAGCAGCCUUAAAGAAUGAACUCCGAAAGGAGAGAGAACAGAUCCUGCAACAGGUGGGCAAGCAGCGCUUGGAACUUGAGCAGGAAAUCGAAAAGGCAAAAACAGAAGAGAACUACCUCCGGGACCGCCUCGCUCUCUCUUUAAAGGAAAACAGUCGUCUAGAAAAUGAGCUUCUGGAAAAUGCAGAGAAGUUGGCAGAGUAUGAGAAUCUGACAAAUAGACUUCAGCGAAAUUUGGAAACCCUGUUAGCAGAAAAGUUUGGUGACCUUGAUCCUAGCAGUGCUGAAUUCUUCCUGCAAGAAGAGAGGCUGACACAGAUGAGAAAUGAAUAUGAGCAGCAGUGCAGAGUGUUACAAGACCAAGUGGAUGAACUCCAGUCUGAGCUAGAGGAAUUUCGUGUGCAAGGCAAAGUGUUGAGACUUCCCUCGAAGAACUCACUGUCAGAGGAACUUGAGGUCGCCAGUGGUGGGGUUCAGCCUGGCCAGGGGCCUGGUUCUGAAGAAUGCAAUCCAUUGGCUAUGAGCAUCGAGGCGGAGCUGGUCAUUGAGCAGAUGAAAGAACAACAUCACAGGGACUUAUGUCGCUUAAGACUAGAGCUUGAAGAUAAAGUGCACCGUUAUGAAAAGCAGCUGGCUGAAAGCAAGGUCGCCUGUGAAAAGGAGCAAGAGAGCACGAAGCAAAAGUACGAGAAUGAGGUGCACAUCUUGGAAGAACAAAUAAGUGACCUUAAAAACGAAAUUGCAGAACUUCGGGGCCAGGCAGUGGUGCUCAGGGAGGCCCAGCAGAUGGCUGUCUGCAGACACAAGGAGGAGAAGAAAGAGCUGCAGAGGAGGUGGGAUGAGGAAAAGGCUCACCUGCAGGAGAAGCUGAGGCGGGAGCACGAGGUGGAACUCAAGGCCCGCCUGGAGCAGGCGGAGGAGAGCUUUCACCUCGAGAGGGAAGGACUCCUUCGGAAUGGCGCCUGGACAGAGGAGAAGGUGAGAGGCUUGACUCAGGAACUCGAGCAGCUGCACCAGGAGCAGCUGCAAAGCCUGAUGGAGAAGCACACUCUCGAGAAGGAGGAGCUGCAAAAAGAGCUCUUGGAAAAGCACCAAAAGGAGCUUCAGGAGGGAAGGGAAAAAAUGGAAAUUGAGUGUAAUAGAAGAACCUCUCAGAUAGAAGCCCGGUCUCAGGUUGAUUGUCAGAAGGUCACGGAGAGGUGUGAGAGCGCUCUGCGAAGCCUGGAGGGGCGCUACCGCCGAGAGCUGACGGAGCUCCUGGAACAGCAGCUGGAGGAGAGGUCCCAGUGGGAGUUUGAGAAGGACGAGCUCGCCCAGGAGUGUGCCGAAGCGCAGGAGCAGCUUAACGAGACGCUCCAAAGAGAGAAAGCGACUUCUCUGAUCCUGACCCAGGAGAGAGAGAUGCUGGAGAAAACGUACAAAGAACAUCUGAGUAGUAUGGUCGUUGAAAGAGAGCAGCUGCUCAGAGACCUGGAAGAUUUAAGACACGUGUCCGAAAGUCAACAGAGCCUGCUGUCUGACCGGACACUUGAACUGAAGAGCGGUCAUGAAAGAGCGCCAAGGGACUGGGAGCAGGUCCCGUGCCAGGUGGGCGCCUCAGGGCAGCAGGCCGUCAGCCAGCAGCUUGAGAAGCUGGAAAUGGAACGUGACCGGGAGAGGCAGGAAAUGAUGUCCAAGCUUCAGGCCAUGGAGAGUGUCCACAGGGUGACCUGUGAGAAGGCGGAUCAGGAGAGGGCUGAGAUGAGCACAGAAAUCUCCAGGCUGCAGAAUAAAAUCAAGGAAAUGCAGCAGGUGGCGUCUUCUCUCUCCAAGAGAGAGAGUGACUGCCAGGCAGCAGGCGGGCACGACAUGGACGGCAGUGGAGCCAUGUCCCUGCUCCAGCAAGGAAAGCAGUUGUUGGAAGAGAAUGGAGAUGUCCUCUUGAGCCUGCAGAGAGCUCACGAGCGAGCGGUGAAGGAAAAUGUGAAAAUGGCCACUGAAAUUUCAAGACUGCAACAGAAGCUACAAAAAUUAGAACCAGGGUCAAUAAUGUCUUCUUGUUUAGAUGAGCCAACUAGUGGAUUAUUUGGAAAUUCUGUGGAACCAACAGAGCCGUUUUUACUGCAAAAUCAAAUGAAGCAAGUAGGUGUAGCCACAGGGCGCGCCCUAAGUGACCUCCAAGACGACGAGGCCCGGGAUCUGGGAAGUACAGGGACGAGCUCAGCUCAGAGACAGGAAGUCAAAACAGAGGAGUCUGAAGCAUCAAUAGAGAGUUUUUCCGAAGUUGAGAACAGUGAAGAGACCAGGACUGAGACCCGGGACCUGAAGAAUCAGAUUCAUCAGCUUCAGGAACAGCUAAUGAUGUUGCGUGCAGACUGCAGCCGGGCUUCUGAAAAGAAGCAGGACCUACUUUUUGAUGUUUCUGUGCUAAAAAAGAAACUGAAGAUGCUUGAAAGAAUCCCUGAGGCUUCCCCCAAGUAUAAACUAUUAUAUGAAGAUGCCAGCAGAGACAACGACUGUCUUCAGGAAGAGCUAAGAGUGAUGGAGAUGCGCUAUGAUGAAGCGCUAGAACAUAACAAAGACCUCACUGCCGAAGUUUUCAAAUUGCAGGAUGAGAUGAAGAAAGCUGAAGAGGUGACCGAAAACUUCCUCAGCCUGGAAAAGAGUUACGAUGAGGUCAAGAGAGAAAACGAGGAACUGCAUGUUCUGGUUUUGAGACUUCAAGGCAAGAUCGAGAGGCUCCAGGAAAGAGCAGUGCUGCGCUGCGACUGCUUUUCUUUAUGGGAAGCCCACUUAGAUAACCUGGAAGUCCAGCCUGAUGAGAAGGUGCUUGGACGACAUCAGACAGAGGAAGAGCAUGUGCCCAUGGUGAUGAAUGUCCACCAUAUUCUGGAAGAACAUUAUCAAGAAAACGAGUACCUCGAGCAGGAGAGUGCACAGCUCGUGGGAGAAGUAAAAGCGAAUGAAAUCUCCUGGCUUCACAGAACCAUCCGGACACGUCAAGAGAAGCCCAGAGUACGGAGCCAAGUUCUACUGGCGGAAGACAUCGCUCUGCUGGGCCUUCAGGAUAGACAUCUUCAGCGUCAGGCCACCAUAGCAGAGUUGGAACUGGAGAAGAAAAAGCUGCAGGAGCUGACUAGAAAGCUGAGGGAGAGAGUCACUACUUUAGUUAAGCAAAAAGAUGGAGCUUCUCAAGGAGAAAAUGAGGAAGAACUAAAGGCGAUGAUGCAUGACUUGCAAAUCACGUGCAGUGAGAUGCAACAGAAAGUUGAACUUCUGAGAUGUGAAUCUGAGAAGCUUCAAGAAGAAAAUUCUAUUUUGAGAAGUGAAAUUACUACUUUAAAUGAAGAAGAUAGCGUUUCUAACCUGAAAUUAGAGAAAUUAAAUGGAUCUCAGGAAGAAAUGUGGCAAAAAAUAGAAACUGUAAAACAGGAAAAAAUUGCGGUUCAGAAAAUGGUUGAAAAUUUAAAGAAACAGGUUUCAGAAUUAAAAACUCAAAACCAACAAUUGGAUUUGGAAAAUACUGAACUUAGCCAAAAGAACUCUCAAAAUGAGAAAGAACUGCAAGAACUCAAUCAACGUCUGGCAGAAAUGCUAUGCCAGAAGGAAGAAGAGCCAGGAUUCAGUACACUGGAGGAACAGAAACAAGAAAAGUCUCUUCUGAAGGAAGAACUGGAACAAUGUAAAGUGCAGUCCUCCACUUUAGUGUCUUCUCUGGAGGCAGAACUUUCUGAAGUGAAAAUACAGACUCAUAUUGUGGAACAGGAGAACCUCCUUCUCAAAGAUGAACUGGAGAAAAUGAAACAACUGCACAGAUGUGCUGAUCUCUCUGACCUACAGCAGAAACUUUCUGGUGUUCUCAGCUACAGUGAAAAACUGCUGAAAGAAAAGGAGGCUCUCAGUAAAGAACUAAUGAGCUGUGUGGAUAAGUUGGCAAAAUCAAGCCUUUUAGAGCAAAGAAUUGCUACUAUGAAGCAAGAACAGAAGUCUUGGGAACACCAGAAUGAGACCUUAAAGUCGCAACUAGUGGCUUCUCAGGAAAAGGUUCAGAGUUUAGAAGACACCGUACAGAAUGUAAACCUGCAAAUGUCCCUGAUUAAAUCUGACCUACAAGUGACUCAGCAGGAAAAGGAGGCUUUAAAACAAGAAGUGCUGUCUUUAUAUAAGCAACUUCAGAAUGCUGGUGACAAGAACUGGGCCCCAGAAAUAGCCACCCAUCCAUCAGGACUCCAUAACCAGCAGCAAAGGCCGUCUUGGGACAAGACGGAUCAUCUGGUAAAGGAGGAACAACAGCUGUGUUGGCAAGAGAACGAGAGGCUGCAAACUGUGGUGCGGAACACGGUCGUGGAACUCACGCACUCGCGGGACAAGGUCCGUCAGCUGGAAUCCAGCCUUCCCCCCAAGCACCAGAAACAUCUAAACUCAUCAGGUACUGUGAAGCCUACAGAGCAAGAGAAGUUGAGCUUAAAGAGAGAGUGUAAACAGUUUCAAAAGGAACGAUCACCUACUAAUAGGAAGGUCAGUCAGAUGAAUUCCCUUGAAAGAGCAUUAGAAACAAUUCAUUUGGAAAAUGAAGGCCUGAAAAAGAAACAAGUAAAACUGGAUGGGCAGCUAAUGGAGAUGCAGCACCUGAGGUCCACUGUGAUGCGUAGCCCAGCCCCUCAUGCGAGGGACCUCCAGCUGCGCCAGCAGCAAGCCUGUCCGACGGUGCCCAGGGAGCAGUUUCUGCAGCUUCAACAGCAGCUGCUGCAGGCGGAGAGCAUAAACCAGUGCCCGCAGGAGGAACGUGAAAACAGGACCUCCGAAACCAACACACCACAGGGAAACCAGGAACAAGAGAUAACGGUCAUGGAAAACAGAAUGAUAGAAGUUGAAAAGAAAUUGAAAAUGGUGAAAAGCCUUCUUCAGGAGAAAGUCAAUCAGCUGAAAGAACAUCUGUGCAAGAAUACUAAAGCAGAUGCGACAGUGAAGGAUUUGUAUGUUGAAGAUGCCCAGUUGUUGAAAGCUCUGGAAAUGACUGAACAGCGACAAAAAACAGCAGAGAAGAAAAAUUACCUCCUAGAAGAGAAGAUUGCCAGCCUCAGUACUAUCGUCAGGAAUCUGGCACCAACACCACUGACUUCUACACCUCCCUUGAGGUCAUAGCCAAGCCAAAGGCUACACUCCUAUUUGUGCACUUUACUGAAAUGGAUGGAACAUUUCAGUAGGUUCUCUCAACUUUUUUUUUUUUUAAACCUUCAUUGGUUUGAAGUUCAGCUCAACCUAAAACUGCCAGCAAUAGAAGCGGACUCUCCAUUCACUGUAGUUAGCUUUUCUAAAGAGACUCUCAUGGGAGCUACAAAUAGAUAUUCACAUAUUUCACUGUUCAAAUUAUUCCCUAGUUUUUAAAAUUCAAAACAUAUCCUAAUAGCCACCAAAAAGGUGGAUAUAUGAACAGAAUGCAAGAAACGUAAAACCCCUAGUUGUGAAUAAGUUUCUUUUAAUCAAUGUCAUGUACAAAUCUAUGUGUAAAUUUCAGAUAUUUUAAGUUUGAGAUCUGAUGAAUUUGUUUUGAUUUGAAACCUACAUGUAUGUCUUCUUACACAUUUAAAUAUGGAAAAGUCAUUCUGUUUCUAGUAAUUUUGGCUCUUUGGUAACAGACCCUGAGCUCAGUAACCACAGAGGGUGCAAGAGCCAGAGCCGAUGUACUUGACCUUCUAACACCUGUGGCAGUAUUACCACCCCUGAUGUAUUAGAGAGACUAAAAACGGAUUUACUCAACUGCACUGUUAACUAAGGUUAAAACUUUACUUGCUUAAAAAAAAAAAAAAAAAAA